GCGCGCGCUCCCGCGGCUCCCUUGGGCGGGACUGAGCGUUACUAGGACAAGACGGCGUAAUGGAGGGAGCGGAUACGCGCACGAUUUUAGAAUAUCUCAUAAUUUGCCUUAAGAAUGAGGAAGAAAGGCAGCUGAAAGGAUUAGCCCUGGAAGGGAUAGUGCUGGUUUCCUCUAAUCUCAGUGAUUCUACGCGUGGCGCAAGCCAGCUCCGGUGCACGACCACUAUUGCUGCAGCAGGGAAUUUUUGCUCUAAAAUCCUCAGUGAGCAGUUCUGGAAAGAAAUGGAUGGGAUGCUGGCUGAGCUCUCUGUGCCCUGGACCAGGCCUUGGACGGCAGGUGGAUGUAGCCACGAACCCCUGGAUUCUACUGCACUCCAGCUGGCCUUCGAGCUCCACGAAAGGCCUGGAGUUCUGAUGAUGGACUGUCUGGCAGUAAAACAGUUCAUACACAAGAUCAGCAUGGUGCACCCAAAGAUCAGAUUCCAUUACUGUGUGAAUGUGAAUGGCGCUGUGUCUGCGGAGACGUACUGUGGAGAGAAGAGAGAGAGUACAUGUAUACUGAAUGGAAUAAAGCUCCUUACUGACCAGAGACACUAUAUAAGGGUUGCGGACAGCUUGGUGUCCUAUGGUGCAAACUUCCUCUGUGACAAAAUUCACCCUGUGCUGGGCAAGGCUGUCAGCCUCCUGAUUCCUCAUGAAGUGGCUGAAACUGGCUUCACGGGGGAGCUGGAAGUCACCCCAGCUGCCGCGCUGUGCCCCUGCCUGAAGCUGUAUCCCAAUCAGCCUGCUAAGAUUGCUGCUGUCUCCAUAUUUUUCUAUGACCCUGCGGGUCUGCCCAUAUCAUUCAAUGCAAAGGGGAAAUCAUCAUUGUUCUUCAAUGACCCAUCAAACUUAGCAGAAUGGGAGAAGUACAGCUAUAGUGCAACACUGGACUCAGAUCCAGGGCAGGAAGAAGAUCAAGUGAACCCAGAUGUCAGAUAUAAACUUCACUGGGACGGCGGAAGCCAAGAAGAUGAUCCAGACACUUGGGAGCAGACGCUGUUGCUCUUCCUCUUUCUCCACUACUCAGAUCAGUUUCAAGAUAAGCCACUUUACGAUUUCUGGACCCGGCACAUGAUUGCAUCCCAUAUGGACCAGAUUCUCCUGUGCAGCCAGGAGACAGUGAAGCAUGGAGUCCAGGCUGUCAUUGACGCAAUGCUACAGGAGCACUGCAAGAGAGGGAAGAACCAGCGGAGGUUGAAGCUGUCCCUGCCCAUCAUCCUAGGUGCCAUUUCCAGCGUGGUGUCCAGCAGCACUAACAGCCAGUUCAGACGGGAAUGUCUGCAGAGUUUGCAGGUUUCAGAUACCCCAGAGCUAAUGGCAGCCAUUCAAACAGCGUUUGAAAAUGUCACUCGGAAGCGACUGAUGCCCAAUGGCACAUGCAGCAUCACAAAACAGGUACCUGAAGAUGCCAACCCAGCUUGGCUCACUGCGUGUGACUUACCAACAGCUGGCCAGAAGCUAGCACAGGAAGAGGCAUCUGACAGCAUCAAUUCUGUGAAUUCAGAGCCGGCCUCUCUGGAGGACAGAGCUGACUUGUGGGGAGAAAUGAGUGAAACUAAGAGGAGGAAGACAGCAACCAUGGAGAACAAUGCAGCUACCAGAGGGAGCUGUGGCUACAGGGUGACCACUUGUGGCUGCAAGAGAUUUCCAACCUUUCUGAAUGGACAUCCUGAUAUGGAGAUGCCCUUAGCCGAGGGUAUGAGAACAGCUGUGCUCCGCCUUCAGACAACACCAAAUAAAGACCAUCCAUUCAAUGGGGUUCUUGUUCUUUAUUGUUGGAUGUCAGUAAGGCCUAGGAGCCCCGAUAUGCACAAGGACACCUCUGUGCUAGGCACUGUACAAAAAUGGAACAGUUUGUCCCUUGCCUCAAAGAGCUGACAGUCUUGUAUUAGAAGGAGGGAGGGCAGAUGGCUCUGUGGUCAAGGGACAUGACGGUGGUGCAGGACUCCUGAGUUCUUCUUUGAGUAUGUCCCGUGGGAGCUCCACCAUAGGAUGUUUGUGCCUGUGUGCUCUUGAUUGAAGACUGCAAAGUAGUGCUCACAGGCCUGCCCCUGUG